AUGGGUAAAAAGAGACGCGGUCCGACGCUGGAUGAGCUUCUGGCUCGUCCAUGGUGCUACUACUGUGAGCGCGACUUUGAUGAUUUGAAGAUUCUCAUAUCUCACCAGAAGGCCAAGCACUUCAAGUGCGAGCGCUGCGGGCGCCGGCUGAACACUGCAGGAGGGUUAUCGGUGCACAUGAGUCAGGUCCACAAGGAGCAACUUUCGGCAGUCGACAAUGCUCUUCCCAACCGAUCCAGCCUCGACGUCGAGAUCUUCGGCAUGGAGGGCGUCCCGGAAGACAUCAUCCAGUCGCACAAUCAGCGCGUAGCCACCCAGUUCCAACAGGCAGAGGCCGAACGGCAGGCCGUGACAGGCAAUCCGCCUCCGGGAACCGGUGUUGGCGGACAGCCAGCGAAGAAGCCCAAGCUGGAGAGCGUGUCGGAUCUGAAGAAGCGACUGGCGGAGCACAAGGCUAAGAAGGCGGAAGCACGUACUGGAGGCAGUAGUGGUGAAGCUACUCCAGUGGGCGCAGGACAGACCCCGACUAUGGGCGGAUUCGGCCAGCCUGCUCCUGCUGCUGCCGCGCCCGCCGCUGCACCCACCACUACCUCACAGUUCUCUUACCCUCAACCCUACGGCACCGCCUCUCCUUAUCCUCAAACCGCCAGCCCUGUUUAUCCCAAUUUCUCCCCGGGACAACCCCAAUUCCCUCCAACCGCACAAUACCCUCCGGCGGGAUAUUCACCACAGCCGUUCCAGGGUACGCCGGCGGCAUCGUUUGGAACCACACCUCCGGCAUUCCCAGCACAACCGUCUCAAACCCACACCCCUCCGCAGACGGCUGGGGCAUUCCCGCCCCGGUCGGGUAGCCUUCCUAUGCCCCCAGGACUGCCGCAGCGACCGGCUGUGGCAGCACCACCGGUCAACGCGUAUCAAAUGCAGCAGAUGCACAUGGGCCAAGCGCCGGCCUUGAACGGAGGCGAGACGACACAAGCGCCUGAUACAAUCUCGACAUCGGUGGACGAUCUCAUCUCGGGGGCCGCGAAGCAGGCGGAGACCACAGCAGACAAGCCCAAGAGCGAGGAGAAGCCCAAGAAGGACAAGUCGAAGGCAGUACGACUGGUUUACUCGGAUAAUGAGACGAGUCCGGAAGAGAAGAUGGCACAGCUGGCAAGGUACGCAUUUGUUCCCGAACAGAAGGGCGAGACGGUUCUGGAGGAGGUACCGGCGUCGGUGGUGACGGGCACGACGCGCGAGAUGGAUACGGUGGAGGAUGCAGCGGAUCGGUAG